AUGGACAUGGAGCAGGCGGCGAACGAUGAAGAGACCAGGUGGAUGAAGCGAGAGGGUUCAGAGGGUGGCAGUGCCGAGGAUGGGGGCAUGUCGCAGCUCGCGAGUCUACUGACGGCACGAGACGCGGAUGGGGCGGCGGCGCAGCCGCAGCAACAAUCGGCCAAGAGCGAUGCCAUCCAGGCUAUCCUUUCCUCUGCCGGCGUCGAGUACACGCACGAGAAUUCCGAGGUCAUCGGCACGUCCAAGAUUGAGGAGCAGCUGUCUCGCGCCGCCGAGAUGGCGUCCCAGGCGGACAACCCUGACGGCAACAGCGCCCUCUUCGGCAGCCAGCUGCUCGAGGGCGUGAUGGACGCCAGGGCCGACGGCAGGCUGAGGCGCUACCGGUACAACCCGCCCGAGGACGUGAUGCGGCGGCAGUUUUGCAGCAUGGCGCGCGAGUUCGGCUUCGCCAAUGCGACGCAGUUUGCACUCGUCGUGGAGAACUGGACGCAGGAGCAGCGGCGCAACUGCCUCGAUGCGUUCUAUCGCGUCAGGGAAGACAAGCUCAUGGCCGAGGAGUCAACCUCGCGGGAGAGGUCGAAUCCCGAGCGCACGUCCACGUCGAGUGAGGCGGUCAAGGUGGAGACGGCAGAUCAGGGAGGGAGCCCGAGGCUUGCUGAGGCGCAGCGGGAGCUUGUCACGGCAGAGGCCGCCCGAGAAAGUUCUGAGGUCAAGGCAGAGGGCAGCUGUAAGGUUGAAGCGGCCGAGACGAUGGUGAAGAUGGAGUCGUCUUCGGCAAAAAGGGCAUCAGUGUUCAUUUACGAUACGGAUGAUGAUGAGACGGACGAGCUCUAA